GAAGAUUUGAACCCAUUUCAUUUAGAAACAUCAACCAAUAUUAGACAUUAUUAUAAUUCUCAGGGACCAGAGCAAGAACCGAUUGUUGAGGACUUGGAUACAAAAAUGCAAGAGGUUAUUGUUCUUGCAGAAAAAUCAAAAAAAUCAAAAAAAAAAAAAUCAAAAGGGCACUAUCAUGAGUACAGUAGUGAG